AUGGAGACACCACAGCAACGACACUUCAGCGACAGCUGCUGCAGCGUCAAAAGCGGCAGCAGCAGCAACUGCAACAGCAGCAACUGCAGCACGAGCCCACGUUUAAAUAAUAUUGGAGGGAUACCGCUGCUGCAGCAGCGCGACGACUGUGGGGAGACACCCCGUAUGCCAUACUCUAGCUACAAUGAGCCUGGACUGCAGCAGCAGCAGCAGCAGGAGGAGCUGCAGCAGCCGCAGCACCUGCAGCAGCACCACUUGAUCCAACUAGAGAAGCAGCAACAAUUACAGCAGCAACAGCUGCUGCAGCAGGAGCAGCAGCAGCAUUUUGCUCAGCAGCAACAAUAUAACCCCUACAAUCUCAAUAAUCAGCAGGAUUACAUGCAGCAACAGCCGCAGCAGCAGCAAAUGCAACAACAGCAGCAGUACCCGCAGCAGCAAAUGCAGCCGUUGCAGCUGCCCCAACAGCAGUAUCCCCAGCAGCAAUACGCGCAACAGCAAUACCAGCAGCAGCCACAGCAGCAGCAGUAUCCCCAGCAGCAUCCGCAAUACCCCCAGCAGCAGCUGCAAUACCAGCAGCAGGCACAGCAGCAGCAGUAUCCGCAGCAGCAGCCGCAAUACCCCCAGCAGCAGCUGCAAUACCCCCAGCAGCAGCAGCAGCAGUUCGCGCAGCAGCAGCAAUAUGCCCAACAGCAAUACCCACAACAGCAGCAACAAUACGCUCAACAGCAGCAGCCGCUUCAGCAUCAGUCGCUGCAGCAGCACCUGCAGCAACAACAACAACAGCAACAGCAACAGCAACAGCAGCAGCAGCAGCAGCAGCAGCAGCAGGGUAUGCCAUUUGCUGCAGGUAAGGAUAAUUUAUGCCCAAUAAAUUUAUCUUAUCUUAGCCAAAGAGGAGCAGCAGCAGCAUUUCAGAAGAGGCAGCAGCAGCACCAUGCGCAUAUAUGCGGCAGCGAGGACCUUGCUGCAGCAGGAAGCACGGAUGUAACACCUGCAGCAGCAGCAGCAGCAGGAACAACAACAACAGCAACAAUAAUAACAGCAGCAGCAACAGCAGCAACAUCUGGAGUUGGAAUACCAGCAGCAGCAGCAACUGCAGCAAGCUGCUGCUCCUCUGAGGAUAUUCCUCCACAUUCCUCUGUUACUACACCGAGAGGAUCCGAGUGCAGCAGCAGCAGCAGCAGCAGCAGCUUCAGCAGGGCCAGCAGCAGCUAUAGUAGAAGCAGCAGCAGCAGCAAUUAUAGCAGCAGCAGCAGCGCGUAUGGUAGCUACUAUAAUCUAGCUAGAAACAACAGCAGCAGCAGCAGCAGCUGCAGCAGCAGCAGCAGCUCCUUCCAGCCUCGUGAGGAUCGCCGCAGCAGCCGCAAGAAACUCUUAGAUUCUUUGCGCAGCACAGGAGCUGUGCUGCCUGUAACAGAGAGCAGCAGCAGCAGCAGCAACAACAACAACAACAACAACAAUAAUGCAGCAGGGCAGCAGCAGCAGCAGCAACAGCAACAGCAGCAGGAAGAGGCUGAAGUCCCAUUCCCUCUUAAUCUUAUGGGCAAAAAAGUUGAACCAAGAAAACAUUAUGUCGAGAUUAUCAGGAUGAGCAGCAACAGAAAGAGCAGCAGGAGUUGA